AUGAGGUUGAUAGUGCACAACAUGUUAUCUUGCAACAUUAAAGGAGUGGUUAACAAGUUUCCUCUGCGUAUCGAACCCGAGAAGAUAAUCGUAAAAAAGGUCGAUUUCAACCCGGAUUUUCUCAAGCACAUGUUUGCCAAAAUCGAUUGGAAAGCUCUAGUGUACGGUGCACGUUCUAUGGAACACACCGAACUUCCCGAUAACGCACCCGACAUAAAGACGCUGGAAUCUGACGAAUCAUUCCUCAGGAAAUUCCACCACGCGUUGCUCGAGCUUCAUCUUGAGGAAGGCUCACUCGUCUGCCCAGAAACCGGUAGGAAGUUUCCCGUUAACAAAGGAAUCCCCAAUAUGCUUCUCCACGAGGACGAGGUUUAAAUUAAGCAUAGUGUUAUAGAUUGAUUCAUCUUUCCAUGCAUUGUGUAAUGGAUGAGUUCUUUAUGUGUUAGU